AUGCCACGUCUUGGCCACAAAAAGUCUAGACUCGGCUGUAGGCAAUGCAAAGCUCGUCAUGUGAAGUGUGACGAACUCAGGCCAUGCUCAAAUUGCGCACGACAUGGCGUCCUAUGCAGCCUGGUAAAUGCUGAGUCUCAGCCAUUGGCCGGUGCGUCGUCCGGAAGCAGCAAUCUUCACAAGGGCCCAAAGCAGCCAGCGAGUGAAGCAUUUGUGAUAAGGAAUGACUCGACAACACCAUCCUCAUCUUUACAUACUGACCAUGCUCUGAAUACGCCCACCACUUCCUCUGGAGAAGGGACUUCUACAUCAGCUAUCUCGGAAGGAAGCUCACCAGCCUCCCAACCAGAUCAGUUUCCCUUCUUGUCGAGGUUUCUUCAUCGUCCUGAAGCUAUACAGUCGGACAUAUGGGUAAUGGACUUGGAACUCAUGCACCAUUGGUCGACAGAGGCACAUGAGGUGCUCUCACUGCGGGACGAUAUGCGUCACGCGUGGAGAGUGGAGACUCCAAAGCACGCUGUUGCUCACACCUUUCUCAUGCACGAGAUCCUUGCCUUUUCCGCUUUCCAUAAAGCUUUUCAGAGCCUGGACCAAGGACCCGGGUACUACACAUGUGGGAUACAUCAUCAAGACCUGGCGAUUCGAGGAGUCCGGGAAAGGUUGCACAACGUAAAGCCGCACGAAGCCACAGCGAUUUUGGCAACCUCAACCUUACUCACAUUGAGUGUGUUUGCAUCCACAGGAUUCGAAGCUGGGCAGCCUCUCGCUGAUAGCUCAAGCUCUGCGGUCGAGGAUAUCUUGAACAUAUUCAGCCUCAUGCAGGGUAUGGGCCAUGUCCUUGCAAUCGCAUAUCAGUUUGUGAUGGGCUCGUUUCUUGCUCCCAUGCUUAGUGAUUCGGAAGAAGAUACACCUGCCCAGCCUCUCCUACAAGAUCUAGGGGAGCUAUUGCCUGCUUUGACUACAUUUGUCCAGAAUAAGCAGGACCUUGAUGCUUCAGAAAGAACAACAUACCUCGAAGCAAUCGCCAGUCUAAGGGCGACUCUUGCGAUUGCAACACCUCCAAAAGUCGACAAUCGAGAAUUGCGAUUCUUGUUCAAUUGGUCACUCCGUCUGAAGCCGACAUUCUUGACGUACAUGCGGCAGCAACGACCUGGUGCGCUGGCCAUACUAAGCCACUAUGUCACAAUGUUCUUCGUUGCGGAGCCACGAUAUUGGUAUCUGCGGGGAUGGGGUGAUCGCCUCAUGAGAUCUUGCUUUAAUGGCGUGGAUGAGACUUGGACUCCUGUGAUGCAAUGGCCCAUGUCAUUCCUCAACCUGGCUGCAACAAAUGAAGCCUUUCCAACAAUGGAGCCAGCGAGAUCAAUCGAUUCGAGAUGA